AAACAUCAUCCAGAUCAGAUAUAGAGAUAUCUCUCUUCCCAUAUCUAGCCGUUACUUCUUUUGCCCUCUAUCUCAACCAUUCCUCUCUCUCUAAGACUUACACAGUCUUGAUUUGAUGACAAUCUCAGUUGAAACUACUCCAGAUGAUCUCAACAAGGGACAGAAAAUCUUGAUGGGUUCAUCUCCCAUUAUUAGCCCUCCUUCAUCAGACAGACACUUAUGGAGUGCUCUACGAGAUCGGAUCGAUGUAAUUCUCGAGAAUCGUAACCCUGAUGAACGGUCCUUUCCUCCCCCAACGAUUGAUGAACAAUCGGAAUGCUCUAUGCAAAUGAAGGAAGAUUCUGUUCUUCUUAUGAGAGGAUUUGACUCCAUGUCAACUACUCUUUCUCAUCUGUCUAAAAAUCUGGAUAAUGCUCUUCAGGGUGCAAGAGAUCUUUCAAAGCCACCCACAUUGACCGACAUCUAUCAGUCCGCUAUUGAAAAGGCCAAAAUUGAGAAAGAAGUUGAAACCCAGAAAGGAGAGACUGAUGAAGGCCGAGGAAAGAAAAGGAAAUCAGAAGAAACUUGUGAAAAUGGCAACGGGUCGACCGAUGAUGAAGCAAAAUUGAAGAAAGCAAAGAAUCUAGCGAUUUCAAUGGGGAAGAAAGCAGCUUCACUGGCCAGGGAAAUAAAAUCGAUCAGAUCAGACUUUAAUUUUAUGCAGGAGAGGUGUACCCUUCUUGAGGAAGAGAACAAGAGGCUUCGCGAUGGCUUUGAAAAAGGGAUUAGAGCAGAAGAAGAUGAUCUGAUGAGGCUUCAAAUGGAAGCAUUGCUAGCGGAGAAAUCAAGGCUAGCAAGUGAGAAUGCUAAUCUUAAAAGGGAGAAUGAAUGUCUCCACCAGCUUGCGGAAUACCACCAGUUAACUUCUGAAGAUCUUUCUGAUUCCUACGAAAGUCUAAUUCUUCAAGGGGGUGUGUGCUUGGAUUUCUCCUCCCCGUCUCUUCUGAUAGAGGAUGGGCAUGAUCAAGAACAGGCAUCAAAGUCUCCUCGGAUGGAGAUUUGCAGGUUCCCUGAUUUGACCAAUGAAUGAUGAAAUCUCCUCUUUGUAGUUGCUGCUGCUGCUGCUGUUUCUGAUAAUUCAUUCAUUCAUUUUGAGAUGCUUAUUUUAAACUCUUUUUGUACUAUGAAGUUGUUUCGAAUGGGAUUCUUAAUCAUUUCAAACAUUGUUUAUACUAAAUGGGUUGAGAAAUUGCACAAUAUCAUUGUUUAUUCUGAAAAUAAAACUUCAAUUGAAGGC